UUAUUUGCACGAAACCCGGUGGACCAUACAUCAUAUGAGCACAUCACAAAUGUGUCAGAACAUUCAAUACUCAUAUAUGUUUUUUUGGAGAAACUUAAAAAUAAAUUAAAUAAAGAAAAAUGUAAAGUACAAUCUUAUGGCGCUGGCACACCUUUUCAAUUGAGUGAAAUUCAAUCGUUAGAAAUUUUACCUCUUACUCUUUCAAACUUUAAUUAGAUAUAGUUGUCUCUUUCUGCCAAAUGAAAUUUAAAAUUAAAAUUGAAAAUGACAUUGAAAUUUAAUAUCCAUUUGACAGAAAGAGAUAGCUAUAUCUGAUUUUAGUUUGAAAGAGUAAGAGAGGUAAAAUUUCAAUCGUUUGAAAUUCACUCAAUUGAAAAAAUGUGUCAGCACCAUUAAAAAUUAAAUAAAAUUUAACCUUUUUCGAAAUAUUUAAGUUUUGAUAAAACGAAGGACACUACUACAAAGAGUCUCUCCCAAUUUUACAGUAUGCUAAAACUCACGAGAUGUAGCUCUCCGUGAAUUAAAAUGUUACACAGUUUUUGGGUACGUAAGCGUACUAAAUUUAAUAACAAUUUAAAAUAUAUUUCAUAAAAAUUAUCAGAAAAUUAUAGAAUCAGAAAAUUAUUAUAUAAAUUGAGAAAUAACGAGAAUAAUAUUUUCAAAAUUAUUCAAUUCUUAUUUUUCUAUUAGAAAUAUUUCAUAAAUGUGAGUUGUCAACACUGUACUAGUCGGGUAAAAGUAUCUACGUCACUGGCGUCACUGGACUAUAUAGUGCGACCGAAGUGUCAAAUCUGGAACCAAAUAUGGAGUAGAGUGAGACUACUGUAGCUCUGAUCAUAUGGCGCUUUGCCAAAUGACGUUCACUAAAAAAAUGGGACAUUUGACGUUUAUUCGGUUUGCAACGUCUCUUGCUGGCCUUUGGACCAUAACAAAGAGUCUAGACAUCAGAAACCUUUGUAGAGUCUACAAUCAAUCGGAAGCAAUCACGGUGUACAGGGAGAUAGAUUAUUAUACGGCUGGCCAAGAGCCUUAGAUCAUCAAAAAACAUUACUUAAAUUUGAAGAAAAAUGUGUCGCAAAAUAAUUAACGACACGACGUUUGCGACACGUCGUAACGACACGUCGCAAAGACGUGUCGUGUCGCCGUGCCAACACUGGAAAAUAUUAGAAAAAGUAACUUUUUGAAAAAAAGAUAACUAAAUCAACAUUAAAAAAAAUGUUCGAACAUAUUCGGCAACCAAAUCAUUUUCCCAAUAUAUCCCAUCCCAUCAUCUCAUUCUUUAACAUUGCACAUUCUCAUCAGUUUCUUUGCCUGAUAUUUUUCUUCCUUCUUGAUUGUUAUUUCAUCUAACUUCCCUGUUUGAGAAUGCCCUGAGAUCCGUUAGAUUUGGGGGGAAGAAUUGAAAAAUAAAAGGGGUGAAAACUACUAUACUUUCAAAUAAAUCAAUCAAGAAAAAUCAUUUAAAGGAAGUGUCUUCUGCCAAAACGACCCUCUAUUGUCCUCGAAUUACGUUUUUUUUUGCUGGAGAUAUGGUGUAUCCUGUUGGAAUUAAUUUUUGAAAUAGCCAUGGCCAUAUAUCUCCCUCCGGUUUGUGCGCGCCUUCGGAAUGUUACGAAAGAGAGAUGAGGAUGUAUGUGGACAGAGGGGUGGUAUUUUUAUUGAUUUUUGCAUUUUUAACCAAAUUCAGAGAUGUCUUUUCCGCCCAACAAUCUCAAAUUCAAUUCACCCUUCUUUUGGUCACUUCUGGUAUAUUUAUACUAGCAUUUUAUUAAUUUAAAUUUGAGGAUACCGAUGUAUAAUGCAAGAUAGUUGAAUAGAAAUGGCGCUCUCAGCAUCUCCUGUUAGGCAAUGUCCAUCUCCAGCAGAAAGUUUAAACUGCGGAGAGGAAUUGAAUAUAUGGUAAUUUAAAAUUGAGAGUCAUACAUAGUAAUUAAAUAUGAAAUUGAUGAUACUGUCUCACUCGCAUAAUGUACCAUGGAUGUGAUCCUAGGGAUGGGUAUACUGUAUCGUCGUGCCGAAGCACAAGAGAUUAUUUUCUACAGGAAAUCGCUGCUACAGUAAAAAUGUACACCUGUAAAUAGUGUAUAGUCAUCUCUUUCAUCCAUCUAUUAGCUCUCUAUGUGGAGAGAUGGUGUGUACAUAAGGCAAAGAGGAUGGUAUUCGUCUUGUAGUAUUUCGGUGCGUUCGUUCAUUUGGUUUCGACGAGUCGAACUGAGUGGUUGUGUGACGUGCGUUGUGUAGUGCCAAAAAGUAAAGUGCCAUAUAGAAAUACAAAACUUUAAAGCUUUCUGGACCAAGUGGCUCUAUUAGUCCAAAGACUCAUUUCACCCACAAACAAAAUGAUACCAUUUAAGUGAAAAAGAAACGCACAAACUAUUUAUAGAGCCCUUGCUCAGGACAUUUCGUGCAUAUUUUUUUUCUUUUUAUUUUUGUUAUUUUUUCUUUCUUUUUCCCUACAUUCCUUGAAUGUUGAGAUGUAACUAAGAGAAAAGCAUAAAAAAAAUCUUUUUGGAAAUUGUUUAUCUUUUGUCCAAGAAAAAGCGCGGGACAAAAUUAAAUCUGUUUUUUUUUCCCUUUUUUGAUAUGUUGGAGUUUCUUUUGUGUUUCUCCGGACAGUGUGUUGUGAUGGUACCGUGAUUCUGCUAAAGAGAGAGAGAGAGAGAGAGAGAACAAAAUCGGGAGAUAAAAAAAACGAAGAUAUUAAGAUAGAGGUUAAAAAUUGUGGCUGUAUUUUUGUAAGCUUCCUUUGCUCUUUCUUAUUCUUCACAAAGUAUAAUUUUCUUCAAUUCUGACUACAUCAGAAAGAAAGACAUUAUUGUGGAAUUGUGCCGUUGAAACAGCUUAAAACAUUAGUGAAAGGACGAUAAUAUCCUUUCGAAGAAAUUGGAGUAUAACUUUUUUUUGACAAGGAAAAAAGAGGAGAGCGCAUCUGUUGAUACAUUUCUCUCUUCUGACUGUUAUUCUCGUACUGCCUCGCAAUUGUCCGCCGUUGGUGGGUGGUAGUGUGCAAUUCGUCCCACCCCAAACUCAUCCUCCGGGAGUCGCGUCAUCUGACGAAGAAAGUGACGGAAAAUGUGCUCCUUAGUGAAUGUUUGACGAAGCUCGCGAGUGAACGCGAGGGCAGAGCGCUAGAUGGCCAGUCAGAAUCGGCCAAAUAGUCAGAAGCAUCAUCCGAACGAACAUAAGCCGGCAAAUCUCGUGUGCGGCUAUUGUGGUUUGAUGGUGGAGAGUGCAGCAUCGCUGCGUGUGCACAUCCACUUCAAUCAUGAGAAUGCCAGUCGCUGGACUAGCGCAUCAUCCCCAACCUCCUCAACUAUGAGAAUAACAUCGCCCAACGAGGGGGCGUCCGUGUCUCCUACGGACUCGGAGAAUAACAAUCAGCCAUUUAAGCGUCAAAAAACACCCAAUAACUCACCCAUCGACGAGAAGACGUGCCAGCAGAAUCCCGUUGCAGCUCCGGCGGAUUCGAGCGACAAUAAGCCACCGUCGCCGGUACAUCAACACCAGAUUGGCUCAACAACGGCGGCCUUCGAAGAAGCUAGCUCGCGCGCCUACGUUCAACAAUCUAGCACAUACUACGGCCAUCCUUUCUUGGCCCCACCAACUUAUGAGGCCAGCUACAGUCUUUUGGCUAAUAACUACGACGGCAUGCAGCAGCAGCUGAUAGGUCAGCAGACACGACAGCAACAACACGAGUACAAACAACCAGUGCCUUCACACCGUUAUCAUCCCUACCAUCAGCAGCCCAUCAAUAAUCACAAUCCGCCCUCACCUCAGCACCAUCACAUUGCAAGCACCUCUAGCUCGGCCCCAGCACCCCUCUCCGACACAAUUAUCAAUUCCACCUCCGUCAGAUUGCAAAUGGCAAGUGAAGGCGAUCCUCAGAUGGUGUCACCAAAGCAGUGUGACAAAUGUGGCUUCGUUUGUGAUUCUGUGAAUGUGUUAAAUGAGCACUGUUCCACACAACAUGGCACUGGAGAGUCUCAAGACACAGAGUCAAUGGGAUUCUCAAUGAAUCAGCAAGGACCUCAACAUCCGUAUAUCAAGGAAGAAACGACGUCAGACAUUCUAGACUUGGAUUCCCAAAAAGUUGUAUAUCCGCAACAACAUCAUGAUGGUGUUCUUCCAACGGAUACAACAGCACUACCACCGAUGCAUUCUCUACAUCCCUUGCAAUCCAUGCAGAGACAUACGUUGAUGUGGCAUGAACCACAAUCAAGUUAUAUGCCUCAGCAACAAACCCUAAAACCACAAUAUUUUCCCUCGAUGAAGGCACCGUAUCCGGUGUUGGGCAAUAAACCAGAUUAUGGAUCGGCAGCUGUUAAGGGUGAAUAUAUGUCCCAGACAAUGCUGCCCCCGCCUGAUGUGAAGAUGUUUGCAGAUUCCAGCAAUAAUCAGGUGACAACGAGUCAGUCAGACUUCCCUACCACUACAACUCCAGCAGACAGUGAUGCUGCAUUCAGGACACAAUUUGAGCCAGCAUCUUCAUCUUUGCCCAACAGCCAACAACCGAAGAGUUCAUCAUGGAAAAGCAAUGAGGCACGCCGUCCAAAAACAUAUAACUGUACGGCGUGCAACAAAUGGUUUACAAGUUCGGGACACCUAAAGCGCCACUACAAUACAACUUUGCACAAAAAUGCGGUGAAGAGUAGUGGACAACCGGAUCCGGCUACACUGCCCAUCAGUGCCCAUCACCAUCCGGCUCGGGAUUCUGUGAAAAAUAAUCAUCACAUUAGCGCCACUGAUCCACCACCUUUGGUGAUACCAACUUCAUCGGCAAUGGAUACAGCAGAUGGUGAAUUUAGCACCGGAACUCAACAGUAUACCGGUGGGGAUUUUCGUGGUGGCCUCCUGGGUCAGGUGACGCCCACAGAGAACAACAGCGUGUAUCAGGCACAGCAAUUCUGUCCAAAUCCCCCAAACGGGGAAGCAGGUCCCUCCGCCCUCCAUGCCUCCCAGCCGAGGGGCCUGCUGACACACAUGGCCAACAUCACGCCGUUGGCGUCCCACCAGGAGGUGCCACAGCCAAUUCCUACUACCACCAUCCGCACCAUCAUCCACCCAUCCACCAGCCAGGUCAUCAUCAGUUCAAUAAUGGAGCAACCACCGCCACCGUACACCAUCAGGCAGCCGCCGGAUAUGCACCAUACGGCGCCCUCUCCGCUCACAAUCCCAUUGCACCGGGCGGACAUGCCGGCGAAUUAUCCCAUUAUUAUUGGUGAUCAUGGGGCUGUGGAUGAUCGGGAGGCGUAUACCUAUGAGACGACUUUUGACAUCGAGACGCCCGUUACGAGAUUCACAUCGCAAGUCAUCGGUGAUACGGUUCCACCAUUUUCACCGGACAUGCCUGAACAUCAUGUCGCUGUGCGUUCCUUGACGCCCAAGAUGGCCGCCAUAGCGCCACCUGUAUCGCCAUCAUCACCUAGCGUGACAACAUCAGCGCGCCAGGGAAAGCCCGCUAAGAGAGUAUACAGGAGUACAAAGAAGGGAGGCUUUGUUGAGCAAGGAGGAGAGCCACUAAAAUGCAUCGAAUGCGAUAAAGUAUUUAAUAAGGCAUGCUACCUCACCCAACAUAAUAAGACAUUUCACAGUGGUGAGAAGCCUUUUAAGUGCCAGCGAUGUGGGAAACGAUUCCCCUGUGGCCAAACUCAUGAAUCGCACGUAGUGAAGCAUAUGGGUGAAAAGCCAUUCAAGUGUGAUCAAUGUCCCAAGCAAUUCAAUCACAAAACCGACCUGAGGCGCCAUCAGUGCCUCCAUUCCGGCUAUAAGCCUUACACCUGCGAUCAAUGCGGAAAGGGCUUCAUACGUAAGGAUCACUUGAUGAAGCAUAAAGAUGUGCAUAAGAAAAAAGCAGCGGGAGUUAAGAAGCAGCUGACCCAGGGAAAGGGUGCCAACAAGAAGGCAAUUACUGCGACAAAUGUGCCAAAUUUACAAGUUAUUCCCAACGAUAAUGUCUUGCAUAUCUAGGUGAUUGCCUAGAAGUCAACAAUACUCUCUUUUAGUUUGCUUUUUUAACCACUGAUCCUCCAUAUAGCAAUAACUCUAGCAAAUAUAGUAUUUAGUAAAAAAAAAAAGACAAACAAAAUGAUUCCUCACUUGAAAACCUAUUAAUGGUCUUGAUUUUGCCCAGGGAUCUCCCCUAAAAGAAUAUCUUUCUAAACUCUUUUUUUUGGGAUGAAUACAUAGAUAAAAGAAUAAUAACAGAAGUCAGUUGAUUUCAACACUGAGAAAAGUUCAUCUGGUAAGUUCAUAUGCUUAUUAACUCUUUCGUCUCUUUUGGGACUCUGAGUACCCAAAGCAGAGCAUAUGAAUGUUCUGUGAAAAACAAUUAAUUUUAAUUAUUCAGAACUGAUAAAAAUCCUAUUCUUGUGGAUGAUUACAAACUAUACGGAUGUCCAAAUGUAAGAUACUUUUUGUAGGACCUCAAUUAAUUCCUGGGGUGAAAUGAUAACUUUGACUCUCGCUAGUAUCGAUUCGAUACUAUCGAAUCUCUAGUAUCGUUAAAUCCAAAUGAUGAGAUGAAAUGAGUAUCGGCUCUUCACGCAUUGUCGGCUCGUUAUUGUGACACUUUGGGACAGUGAAACAUAACCUCACUCUCGCUUGUUUUGAUUUUGCAAUCGUAGUUAUUUCAGUGAUUUUAUUAAUUUUAAGUUAAAAUAGUAUAAACCUAUAAAUUCUAUUUUUAAGGAAAUUGGGCUAUUGAGGAAGCCCCGGAAGCUCAACUUUCAUUUGGAACGAGGACGAGAAAAUUGCGGUAUAAAAACAACUCUGGAGCUUCCGGAAAAAAUGCAAAUAAAAAAAUCAUCUAUACAUAAUAAUUUCUGCCUUACGCAGAUCUUUUCACUUUGUCUUUUACAUUCUUACACAAUAAUUGACACUCAAAGACUUGCUGAACAAAUGACUCCAGAAAUUUAAGGAAUUAUUUUUCAUCUUAUCAGUCGCGGUGAUUUCUGGUGGCUUGUAGUGUUUUAAAUUUGGCAAGGAGGAGCAAAAGAUCUGAAGGAAGCACACGCAUGUGUGACCAUUUCAUACUCUGUGAAAUUAAAUCUCACGAGAACGAAUCCACAUCUCCAUCAACUUCCUGGACAGUCAGUGUCAAACUCAAUCACUGAGUAUAAUAAGAUCAUCCUCUGAUAAGCCUUUCCCGGAUGGUCCAAAAAUAUUUUAUGGUUGUGCAGAAUCAACAGAACAUAAAUUUUCGUAUCCAAUUUGGCCGAGGUUAUUCCGUGCAGAACAAAAAAAUUUCACAAGAAUUAUACUUAAUAUUAUUAAAAUUUAAUAAAUAUAAAAUAAAUGAGGGCAUUUACUUACUAAAAACAUGUAAAAUCUUCUUUAAAUUUCACUUCGAGGGUACAAAUCGACAGCUCUAGAGGUGUCGAUAAAUUAGUGGCGAGAAUUAUCGACACUAGCGAUAAAAAAUGCGGGUUACCAUCUCGAUCGCCCAUAAUCGACACUCGACACUAGCGAUGGGACAAUUAGAGAGAGUUAUCAUGUCACCCCAGAGCUUAGAUAUUUUUGAUUAAAAAAUUAUGAAAUUAUGGCUUGCAGCAUAUGCUGCGGUCCGGAAAGAGUUAAUAGGUCGAUUGUUGUACAAGUUUUGUCAUUAUUAAAUUUUUUACAUAAUAAUAAAAUAAUCUAAUAAAGUAUAAUGAAUGCAAAAUAACUAAAAAAAAAUUAUUUUCAAUAUUGACAUUUUCUGUAUAAUGAUCACAUUGUAAUAUGAAUUUAUCUAAUAAACUUUUCUCUUUUUUUUCGCUGUAUCACAUUUUUAGUCUAACUUUUUUAGACUUAACUGUCAAGUGUAUUCAACAAAACAGACAAUUUUUUCUCUCCCAAGGAUGCGCGCCAAUCAAUAAUUCAGAAAUUUUAAUAGGCAAAAAAGUUGAUAUUUUACAAAAAAAAAGAGAUAUUAUAAAAUGGAAAGAUAGAUAGUGGAUACAGUACACAAAACAUUUUUUUACCUAUAUAAAUUCUUAUAGAACAAUUUAUUGUGAUUUGCAACCGUCAAAAGACAAAACUACUUAAACUACCUCUGAUGAGAAUAUUUUUUGACAGGUUUUAUUUUUUUUUUAUUUUUAAUUUUCUAUAUUACAAGUUUUCUAUGAAAAAAAAACCGGCAAGUACAAAUAUUGAUAGUAAAAUAUUGAAAUAGACACACUUUUAAUCUAUAGCAAUUUAUGCCGAAUUUUUAAAUAUUGACCAACGAUCUAAUAAACAUAAACUUUUUUCUAUUAUUUGAAUACUACAAAAAAAAACGUAAAAAGAAUUAAAGACACUAUUUUGAAACAAAUAAUGUAUUCAGUCAAAUUCCAUAUCAGCAAUCUACAUAUUUAAAAAUAUGAUAUUAAAGAAAGCAUAAGAUGAUGGAUAAAAAAAUGGAAUUCUAUAUAGAAAAUAUUUGAUGAUAAAUCAAUAUUUAAUUAUUAUUAAUACGUAAAUAAAAAAAGAUAUUAAUUAUAAAUAGAAUAGUUAAUAAAAUAGAGUGAAGAAACGGAUAUAGGAGACAGUGUUAGUAAAAGAAAUAGGAAACCUAUUCAAAAUGUAAACCAGAAAACCUACCUCAGAUAAACAAGAAAAGGACCUCAAAAAUAAUAGAUAUUGUUAUUGAUAUAUAUUUUCUGCUCACUUUUAAAUUAUAAUAUAAAAUUGCAAAAAUUGCAAUUUUGUGAAGAAUGUUUCAGCACCACCUGUCUCUCUUCCCGUAGAAAAGAUAAAAGUGAAAUUUUUAAUAAAAAUUACAAUUUUAAAUGAAAAAAAAGAAGAAAAAUCAUACAUAUUAAAUGUGUAAUUAAAUAUAAACUAAAUUUAGAUGUAAAGUUUACAAGAAGUAUGUCUAUAGUGGUUGAAAUUCAUCUGAGUAAGAAACAUUAUAGACAAAAUGAUUUUAUUUGGGAUAGAGAAAAAAUUUCUCAUCCUGACAUUUUGCUGGAUGCUGGAGAAAAAAAAACUGUGAAAAAAAACUAUCUUUCUGGGUACCUGCACACAUUUUUUUUAUGCAGAAGAAUCCUCCAAAAGAAAUGAAUAGAGCACAGAAAAAUAUCCAGUAUACAAAGGAAUGCUCAGAACACUUUUUUCACAUUUUAUUUGUAUGUGAUGCAUAGCGAGGAAGAUUUGGAGAAAAAAACCUAACCAUAUUGUGGUGUAUUUGAAAAUGAACGAAAAAUAUUCAAAAGAAAGGAAAAAAUUGCAGAGGGAGACAAUUUGAAAAAUUAGAAAAAAACACCAUAAAAACAAUAUUUUCGACAUUAAAUAGAAUUUUCAUGUAAUAAUUAUAGUGAAAAAAAGAUAUUAUCAUAAAAUUUUAUCGGUAAAAAAAUUCAAAGUUAGGUAAGUAAAAAAAUGGACAAAGAAAAUUUUGGUGUUUUGUUUUUUUUGCAAGAGACACAAAAAUUGAAGAAUUUUAAAGACUUUCAGAUAGAUUUCAAUUCCACAACUAACAAGAAGAUAAUUACUGCACUUGUGAUUUAAAAAAAAGUAGUAUAAAAUGAUCCUCUUGUUCUGCCCAUUUAUAGUUUUUUUUUCAACCCUAUCUUCUUUCCUUACUUUCCUAUUUUUUUUUAAGUUGUUUUCUUGGAAUAAAAAAUACAAAUUGCAUUCCUCGUUAGUAUUUUUUUUGUAUAUUCAGCAUUCUCUCUUUCUACUUAUUGUUAACUAAUGUUUUAUUGUUAAUUAAAUAUGAGCUACGGUUCUCAUUCCUGCCAACUUAACAUCAUUAUAAUUUUCAUUGCAAUAUAUAUAUAUAUAUUUUUUUAUUUGAGUAAUGCCCAACGCACGAUAACUUUUGUUUAGUAAACAUGUUUUUGACAUUUCAAUGAGAGUGAGUGAGAUCUAGUUCUAGUCAUCUCGCUCAUUCUCAUGGAAAAUUUUGAAAACAUGUUUACAAAUAAAAGUUAUUGUGCGCUGGUCAUAAUGCCCAACGCACAAUAAUUUUUGUUUGUAAACAUGUUUUCAAAAUUUCCCAUGAGAAUGAGCGAGAUGACUAGAUAUAGAUCUUACUCACUCUCAUUGAAAUGUCAAAAACAUGUUUACUAAACAAAAGUUAUUAUGCGUUGGGCAUAAACUAGAAAACAACAAAAUGAUAUUGAUUAUAGAAUACCAAACUAUGUAUUAUAAAAGGUUGUGUUAGUUUCUUUAAAAUGAAAUGGAAAUAUAUUUUGGAAUCGAGAUAAAAGAAAAAUAGAACAAAUUAUAUUUCUAAUGCAUUAUAAUUAUUUGUUUCAUCAUUACUACGCCCCGUUUUUGUGUAACUGAAAAAAGCUAGUUGUUGACGAAACAAUCAAGAAAUUAUGAAUAAGUGAGUAAAAAAUAGUUUAAGGUGAACAGAUACUAUUAUUUUUCUUCCACGAAACGAAAUAGUUACCAAAAAAAAAUCAAGAGAGAUAAUAAAAGGAGAAAGUAAGUUAAGAAGAUAAUAAGCCUGUUGAAUUUUAAGCAUUUUUACUAAUUACAAAUUGUUUUUCUCAUAUUUUUUUAUUAUGUUAAUUUUUCUUUAUAUUAAAGUGUAAAUGAUUUCAGAACGGAAAACGGGUGUAAUUGAAAAUGAAUGAAGGCCAAAAUGCUCAAAGUUCAGAAAAAAAAAUUUGUACAAAAUGAGAUACAUAGUAAAAAUUUUAUUUAGACAUUUCACAGGAGAUUAUAAAAAGGAAAAGAAAAAAAAACAUACAGAAAAUCCUUAAGACGACUUUACGCAUAUCAAGUAAUAAACAUAAAUGAGAAAAUAAUUGUUUAAAAAAUAAAGA